UAUCAACCAAUCCCGCUCAACACUUCUCCACACUUCCCCGAAAAUGAGGACUCCACAACUAGUCAUUUCUCUCCUAUCACUUUCCCUUCUCUUCCUCUUCCACUCAUCCCGAGCCGCAACGCUCGAUCCCCGAUGCAGCGCCGCCGACCAUGGGUCGAACCUUCGAGUCUUCCAUGUGAACAGCCCGUGCUCCCCGCUGAGGCCUGCCACGGGCCUCUCAUGGGCAGAGAGCGUCCUCCGUAUGCAGGCUGAGGACCAGGCCCGUCUUCAGUUCCUGUCGAUCCUCGCUGACGGGAAGAAGUCGAGCGUCCCGAUUGCUUCCGGCAGGCAGAUCAUACAGAGCCCCACGUACAUUGUCCGGGUCCAGAUCGGCACGCCCGCCCAGACAAUGCUCAUGGCCGUGGACACGAGCAAUGACGCAGCGUGGGUCCCAUGCACCGGCUGCGUGGGGUGCCCGUCCUCGACCGUGUUCGACCCGGCCAAGUCGAGUAGCUUCAAGACCGUUGGGUGCCAAGCUGCACAGUGCCAGCAGGUACCGAAUCCCACGUGCGGGGGCAGCGCGUGCAGUUUCAACAUGAGCUACGGCGGGUCAACCAUCGCGGCUAACCUUUCCCAGGACUUGUUCACACUGGCCGCUGACCCGAUCCCCAACUACACCUUCGGUUGCAUCCAGAAGGCCACCGGCAGCUCGGUCCCUCCCCAGGGCCUUCUCGGCCUCGGACGCGGUCCGCUCUCGCUGGUAUCCCAAGCCCAGAGCCUGUACAAGUCCACCUUCUCAUACUGCCUGCCGAGCUUCAAGUCCCUCAAUUUCUCCGGGUCACUGAGGCUCGGCCCGGUGGGCCAGCCCAUAAGGAUCAAGUUCACCCCGCUGCUCAAGAACCCGCGGAGGUCAUCGUUGUACUAUGUGAACUUGGUCGGGAUUCGGGUUGGAAGUAAGGUCGUUGACAUCCCGCCGGCGGCUCUGGCCUUCAAUCCAACCACCGGUGCCGGGACCAUCUUCGACUCCGGCACGGUCUUUACCCGGCUAGUUGCACCAGCCUAUGUUGCGGUGAGGGACGAGUUCCGGAAGCGGAUGAAGAAUGCACCCGUGACCUCGCUCGGCGGAUUCGAUACCUGCUACUCCGUCCCGAUUGUAGCCCCUACUAUCACCUUCAUGUUCUCGGGCAUGAACGUGACACUGCCGCAAGACAACAUCCUUAUCCACAGCACUGCCGGGAGCAUCACCUGCCUCGCCAUGGCGGCGGCCCCCGACAACGUCAACUCGGUCCUCAGUGUGAUUGCCAGCAUGCAGCAGCAGAACCACAGGAUCUUGUUUGACGUACCCAACUCGAGGGUUGGCGUGGCUCGGGAGACGUGUUCUUGAUGAUUUCUCGGGUUAAUUUAUGGUGGUCCAUAUCAAAUUGUCAUUGUUAGGCAUAUUUGAUAUGGUACCCGUGGGCGUAUGUUCUAGUUUUUUUGAGUACUUCGAAUUAUGUGACGACAUUGGAAGGUUGGUUUUAGUUUGGAAUGAAGUCUAAUUGACCGAAUUAUCAAUUCUAUGAUACUCUCUCCA